CCAAUACCUUAGCGUCUUCUUGUCCUAGUAUCGCUGCCUCGCGGCUUGAGUAGUGUCCAUUGUCCCGGAGCCUGAGAAGUAACAGCAAGCAGACAUGAGGGGUGAACGAGGACGUGGACGUGGCCGCUUUGGCUCCAGGGUAGGACCUGGUUCAGGUUUCAGACCUUUCGUUCCACACAUCCCUUUUGAUUUCCAUGUGUGUGAAAUGGCCUUCCCACGAGUAAAACCUGCCCCAGAUGAGGCACCAUUUAAUGAAGCGCUCCUUAAAAGAAACCAAGAUCUGGCUCCCACACCCGCCGAACAGGCUUCUAUUCUGUCCCUUGUAACAAAAAUAAACAAUGUCAUUGAUAACCUAAUUGUGGCUCCUGGAAACUUUGAGGUGCAAAUUGAAGAAGUUCGUCAAGUUGGAUCUUACAAGAAGGGGACUAUGACCACAGGCCACAACGUAGCAGACCUUGUAGUCAUCUUGAAGAUUCUGCCCACUUUGGAAGCUGUUUCAGCUUUAGGAAUUAAAGUUGUGGAAACUCUUAGAACGCAAGACACUGCUGAAGUUCUUACAAUGCUAACAAAUGAUACUGGUUUUGAGAUCAGUUCUGCAGAUGCCACAGUGAAAAUUCUUAUCACUACUGUUCCUCCAAACCUACGCAAACUGGACCAAGAACUGCACUUGGACUUUAAAGUUCUGCAGAGUGCCUUGGCAGCUAUCAGACAUGCUCGUUGGUUUGAAGAAAACGCCUCACACUCAACAGUGAAGGUUUUGGUGCGAUUGCUGAAGGAUUUAAGGGGCAGGUUUGCUGGGUUUGAGCCUUUAACUCCGUGGAUCUUGGACCUCUUGGCACAUUAUGCAGUUAUGAAUAACCCUUCUAGACAACCACUUGCACUGAAUGUGGCAUACAAGCGCUGUCUUCAAAUACUUGCUGCCGGUCUCUUCCUCCCAGGUUCUGUUGGCAUUACAGAUCCAUGUGAAAGUGGGAAUUUCAGAGUUCACACAGUCAUGACACUUGAGCAACAGGAUAUGGUUUGUUAUACAGCCCAGACACUGGUCCGAAUUCUGUCACAUGGCGGAUAUAGGAAGAUUCUUGGUUUUGAGGGAGAUGCUAGUGCUCUUGCCACUGAAAUGUCCACAUGGGAUGGAGUUAUAGUGACCCCUUCAGAGAAGGCCUAUGAGAGACCACCAGAGAAAAAGGAAGGGGAAGAUGAGGAUCAACAAGAAAUAGUUGAAUGUGCUGAGGAAGAAGAAAACAUGGAAACACAAGAGUAACCUCUUUUUAAAAAGGUUGUUUCGUAUCUCUGCAAGGAAGGUCUGAUUGAUGGACCAAACCCACCAUUAUUUCUGAUGUCUGUGUUGUGAUUUUUGUUUUAUAUACUGUAGCUAAACUUUUCUAGCUGAAAAUAAAUUUUUAUUUCCCCGUU